AUGAAUGAACUAAAAAUCAUUUCAUGGAACUGCAAUGGCAUAAAGAACAAAACACCCGAACUCACAGCUUUCAUCAAAGAAAACAAAACAGACAUCAUCCUACUAGGUGAAACCCACUUGAACCCAAGAGACAAAUUAACAAUCCCAAACUACUACACGUAUAGAACUGAUCGACCAAAACCAGCGAAUUGCCCUACAACAGGUGGAACGGCCAUCCUCAUCCGUAGGAACAUACCCCACCAUUACCUGGUACUUCCAACAGAAAUGGAUUCUACUUCGAUCCAAAUAAAACUAAACAACAAUACGGCACAAAUCACCUCAGUUUACAAAAGCCCUAGAACAAAACUCCACCAAAAAGAUUUAGACACUCUAACAAAACACGAUGGACCCUUCCUAAUAGCUGGUGACCUCAACUCCAAGCACCCGACUUGGAAUAGCCGACAAACGAACACAUCAGGCAGGAAACUUCUUCAACACUCAGAAUCAAACAACUACAUCGUCAUCGCUCCUGAUUCACCGACACACUUUCCUUAUAACGGUAAACACCAACCUGACGUUUUAGAUAUUGCCCUGAUAAACCUACCUUCAAUUAACUACACGCUGACUAAUCACAACGACCUCUCAUCAGACCAUAACCCAAUUCAACUUAACAUACAAGCAUCGCCGAUAUCAAGAAAUCCCCCGAAGACAUCCAACAAAAUCAACUGGACAAAAUUCAAGAACGAACUCUCGCAAAUUAAAAUAUCCAAUGUCCGAACACCACAAGAAAUUGACCACAAAAUAGAUGAACUGACAAAUAACAUCAAAACACAACUUGAAAACUCAACCUACACCGUCGAACCAAAAUUGAAUAAAUCACACCUUCCCGCCGAAAUAACACUUGAAAUUGAGACAAAACGACUUCUUAGAAAAAUGUGGCAAACUACGAGAGACCCAAAAACGAAGAAACUAUACAACGCCCCAAUAACAUUUGUCAAAAAACUGUUAACUGACCACAGACAAUCUGAAUGGGACGCCUUCGUACAAACGUUAAACUUUAAAGAUAAAUCACUAUAUAAACUCAACCACUGUCUUCUCCACAAGAAACCUGCGAAUACCCCACUACAAACCACGCAUGGCCGAAAAAUAUUCGAAGAUGACGAAAAAGCAGAGCUGUUUGCUGACACCAUGGAGGAUCAAUUUACAAACAACCCAGGAGAAAACAUACAAGAGGCCGUUGAUACGUAUACGGAAAUCAAUCGAGACAAGACACCGUCUCAAGAGUUUAUCACGCCAAAACAAAUUUCGAACAUUAUAAACAAACUCCCAAACGGAAAGGCACCGUGA